AUGUCUGGUUUAGAAGAGCUAGUGAAUGCAGGCGUGCAGUUUAAAGUCCUAGCAGACAAAGUGUCCACCGUCUUAAAGUCCCACCUGCAUCUCGUGUAUCGCCCCUCGAUUUUCCGAGUCACCUUCUACUCUAACGCCCACCGCAAACUUCCCCUAUGGGGCGUUCAUGACAAGGCCAUGAGGGCCAAGGUGGCCCGAGUCUAG